CUGUAUACAUUUUUGAGAGCGAAACAAUUACAAUAAAAUGAUUCUUUAUAAGUCAGAAUGACUGAUAAUUUAAUACAGGUUGAAGCAAUUUAUGUCGAGAAAAGAAAUGAUGAAGUUAUAUUCGAGUGUGACAGUGAAAUAUGGAACGAAAUCUUUGAAUUAGAAAAAGAAACGGGAUGUACCAAAAUUCUAAAAGAAAAGGCGAUAGAUUUUAGAAAACAAUUCCCAGGACUUGUUUUGGCAGUAGUGGGGGACUCGGAAAGUUUUGUACCCAGACCUUGGAAUGCAACAGCGUUUACUGCAGAUCUCAUUAAUACACUGAAAAAAGUGGAAGAAAGUUGGUUGAUUUAUCGUGGGAAAGAUGUUGGUAUUAGUUCUUUUAUUUACAACGCAUUUGAAGAGGACAUUAGAACGCAUGAAACAGUAGCAACUAAAUUACUUGCAGUCAAGCCAAAGGAUGAGAAAACUCAGGAGAAUCCAAUUGAACAGACGCAAACACCAAUCGACAAAUCAAAAGCAUCAAAUAAUCAGUUAUCAUUUAAACUACCAUCCGGGAAAGAGAAAGACUGGUUUAACAUUGGUUUGAUUGAGCUUUUGAAGAGUUUAUCAGAGAAAACAACACCUCUUCUAUCGUUCAUUACCGAAAGUGAGGAUGGCAAGCAGUAUCAUAACGAAUUACCGAUGGAGAUUCCAGUUUUAUUGGUGGUAGCAGAAGGCAAUAUAGAGACAAUUCAUCAAGUGGAGACAUCUGUUGAAUCUAACAUUCCUGUUCUUCUGGUAAAGGGGUCGGGAAAAGCUGCAGAUUUAUUAGCUGACUUCCUUACUAGCAGAGAGCUAUUGAGUGAGAAAACAGGACUUUUGAAAAACCAAGCUCCAACAUUAUUUGGAACAAUAUUUACGAAGAGUUCAUUGAACAACCUUGAGCAAAGGAUGAAAAAGAUACAAGAACACAAACAUCUUAUAACUGUUUACGAUAUAGACAGAUCAGAUGGAAAUAACUUAGAAGAUACAAUAGUAGAUGCAAUCAUUAAAGGAUGGUCUUUAAAACAUAUAAAAGAUGAUAAAGACGAUGCAAAUGAGACAUCUCUCAAGUUAGUACCGAUAAUGUCAGAAGUGUUGAAGGAUCUUCAUACUAAUCAAGUAUUAGUUGAACCCUUUUUAAAUGGACCACAAAUGACAGAGGACGACGAAGUCCAAUUAUCAAAAGUUGAUUAUACGCUAUCUGAGGACAGCACUACUACUGAUGUCAAAACUUCUUUAUACCAUGACGAUUUGAUAUCAAGAACUCCCGAACCUACAACUGAAAUAACAUUAAAGAAUGACACAUUUGGGGCAUUGCCAGAAACCGAUGCAAAUAUGGACAACAAUGGAACACCAAAAGCAGCAAUAGGCACUACUGAUGAAACAUCUACAAUUGCUGACAAAACGACAGCAGGUAAAAAAUCUAACGAGCUGAUGGAAAUUUUGCAGUUUUCCCUUGAACCUGGAUCUUUGUCAUUGUAUUUUUAUAUUGCUUAUCAGUACAGUCAAGACCCAAACAGAGAAAAAUAUAAAACUAAGAAUACCCAAAUACUCUUGUUGGAGGCAAUCAUCGCAAAUCGUGUUGAUUAUGUGUCAGCCAUGCUGCAACAUGGAGUUGUAUUCAACAAGGAACACUUUGAGGGUCUGUAUGAUGAGACGUUGAAGUGUGAAGAUUGCAAGGCAAAAGAUUGUCGGUCAAUGCACGCUAUUCACCAUCGAUGUGACAAAUUUUUAUGUAAUUCUAUCUGGUGCACAUGUCUGACGGACUGUAAAAAGUGUAACAAAAAAGCUUCCAGGGACAACCAUAGUACACAUUGUAUUAGACAUACAAAACAAACAUACGCAGUUGGCCUGGAACAAAAAGUUGAUGUAUGCAUACGUGCAAGAUUUCUAUGCCAGGAGUUGCUUAAUUUUAAUCAAAUCGAUAUUGAUGCAGCAGAUACAAAUGAAGACGGUAAAGAAAACGUAUACUACAACCUUCUAGCAUGGGCUCUUCUCAAAAAUAAAGUUGAACUAGCUACCGUCUUCUGGUCCAAGUGUAAUAAUCAGUUGUUGACUGCUAUUAUGGCAAGUAGUAUCUUGAAAUCUAUGGCCGGCAAUGUCGAAUCUACAAAAGACAAGAAACUUUACGGCGAAUUAAUGGCACAUUCAAAGUUAUUCGAGAGCAGAGUAAUCGAAAUGCAAAAUACAUUGUAUGAAGAAAUGGAAACUGAGACGAUGGAUUUGAUGGAGAUUGAAGAUGAAAUUUUGGGAAUGAAAGUUUCGCCAAUGGUUUUGGCAUUUGAAAAUAAAAUGAUGGAUGUCAUUGGACAUCCCUGUAUACAGCGUCGUCUGAACAGGAUUUGGUAUAAUUUUGAACCACAGGAUUCUACUUUUACGUCCUCAGAUAGUCCAAACAGUCACAAACUUCCGGUGUCUGGUGCGGCCGCUAAAUGGACAGAUUGGUUUCAGAACUUGUGUCGAUGUUCCGAACGUGAAUGGGUUGCACAGGCAUGGCUAUCACCAUUGAUGGUUUUCGCAGUACACUACAUAUUUGUCCUAGCUGUCAUCGUUGUGUUUAGCGCAUUUUUACUCACAGAUCUUGAUGUAAUAGACAGUGUUUUAGAUAUAGGAAUCUACGAGUGGCUUUUGUACAUUUGGUUAUUUGCUGACUUCUGUGAGGAAAUCAUUAUACCGCUAAUAAUAAGAACACAGUAUAAGAGAAGUAAACAUACAGUGAGGUUCAAGCUGAAAAGAUUUGUUCUCAAUGUUUGGAAAGAUCUUACAAUCCUGUCGUAUCUGAUAAUUUUGAAUGCUGUUUGCCUGAGAAUCGAGAAUUCCUCUUCUAACCACAGAAUAACCCUUAGAUUAUACAGCCUGGGUCUGUUCACAAUGUAUAUGAGAUUUCUUCAAUGUAUGGUUGUUCAUAGCUACUUCGGUCCCAAAAUCAUAAUGAUUGGUGAAAUGCUGCUAGAGUUGAUAAAGUUCGUGUGGAUUUUUAUUGUUUUCAUGAUGUGUACAGGAGUGCUUUACCAUGCUAAUAUGUAUCCAAGUCAUUACGACAUGUGGUCACAGAAAAGUGUAACAUAUUGGAGAAUCUGGAAAAUUAUAUCCUUACCGUAUUGGCAACUUUAUGGUGAACUGUUUUUAGAUGAAAUACAUGGUGACAAUAAUGCUAAUGGAUCAUGUACGUUUGUGGAAGCAGAGUGGGAACAAAAUCCAGAUAUUGAACGUUGUGUUGACUAUGACUGGGUAGUACUACUGAUUGCUGCUUUAUACAUGCUGUUCACAAACCUCUUGUUGGUUAACCUCAUCAUUGCAUUAUUUACAUUUCGUUUUGAAGAAGUUCAGCAAAAUUCAGAUCGAUUGUGGAAAUUUUGGAGAUAUUCAAUCAUAACUGACUUCAAAAGACGUUAUCCUGUUCCCUUGAACCUGAUUUUGUUGCCGUUGAGAAUAGUAAAACUCUGUCGUCGCAGAAAUGUGAACUGUUGUAAGAAACCAAAAGUGCACUGUACAUCUCAUACAGAAAGAGACAAGACACGAAAUUCUGGUGGAAAAAAGCAGACACUUUACAGAAUUCAACCAUUACAAACAUUACAUGCUAACAGAUGUCUUUAUUCUCCAUUGAAAGAUAUACUUCAGAAACACUAAUGAUUCGUAAAUGUAACCAAGUAACAAAUUUGGUAUUGUAUACAUUGAAACAUUCUAGAGCAAUGAAACAGUGAUUUAAACCGUACAUGUACGUCAAGGAAAAAGAAAUAAACUAAUGUCGUAAAAUUAUUUAUUAUUUUUUUUUACUAAUCUUAACUCUGCAGCUGGCGCAUAGUUUGGGCAUC